AUGAAAUUUUCUACCAUUGUUUGCGUUUCCGCAUUAAGUUCCAUUGCAGCUGCUGCCCCAUGGCACUGGGAUAAGCUUAGUCCAAACCAGCCAAUCUACAAGAGAGAUGCUGCUCCAGAAGCAGACGCUAAUGCUGAAGCCGAAGCAUGGCACUGGGAUAAGCUUGGCCCAAACCAGCCAAUCUACAAGAGAGAUGCUGCUCCAGAAGCAGACGCUAAUGCUGAGGCCGAAGCAUGGCACUGGGAUAAGCUUGGCCCAAACCAGCCAAUUUACAAGAGAGAUGCUGCUCCAGAAGCAGACGCUAAUGCUGAAGCCGAAGCAUGGCACUGGGACAAGCUUGGCCCAAACCAGCCAAUUUACAAGAGAGAAGCCGAUGCUGAAGCCGAAGCAUGGCACUGGGAUAAGCUUGGCCCAAACCAGCCAAUCUACAAGAGAGAUGCUGCUCCAGAAGCAGACGCUAAUGCUGAGGCCGAAGCAUGGCACUGGGAUAAGCUUGGCCCAAACCAGCCAAUUUACAAGAGAGAUGCUGCUCCAGAAGCAGACGCUAAUGCUGAAGCCGAAGCAUGGCACUGGGACAAGCUUGGCCCAAACCAGCCAAUUUACAAGAGAGAAGCCGAUGCUGAAGCCGAAGCAUGGCACUGGGAUAAGCUUGGCCCAAACCAGCCAAUUUACAAGAGACAAGCAGAUGCUGAAGCCGAUGCUGAAGCCGAUGCUGAACCAUGGCAUUGGGAUAAACUUGGACCAAAUCAGCCAAUUUACAAGAGAGAAGCCGAAGCUGAACCAUGGCACUGGAGUAGCAUUAUUCCAAACCAAACAAUCUACAAGAGAGAAGCUGAAGCUGCUCCAGAAGCCGAAGCCUAA